UGGAGGUCAGUCCUCUGUUCUCUGGCUCGCGUUGUCCACUGAAUGCAGACACUCAGUCUGAGUCUGACAGUGCCAUCCACUGCCGCGGCUGCUGCUGCGAACCAGGAACUGUGGGCAGGACAAGUGAAAGGGAAAAUGAAAGCAUCGACACAAUGAUCCAGCUGAAAUUCAGGUUACAGUGACUACCAUCCAACCAUAAGUAUCUAUACCAAACAUUGACUACAAGUUAUUUUUCAUGAUGCAUCUGCUGUUUUUAAUCCUGCUGUUUUUGGAGUCACUCUGUCAUAUCCAGUCCUCUGAAAGCAAUAGUCCAGCUGGUGAUAACCUGGCCACAGACGGCCUACCUUUCCCAUGGAGUAAAGUGCGUCUGCCAAACUACAUAGUGCCAGUACACUAUCAUCUUCUCAUCCAUCCCAAUCUGACCACACUGAGCUUCAGUGGAUCCGUCAAGAUUGAAAUCGAUGUGAAAAACAACACAAACUGGGUGGUGCUGCACAGCAAGAACCUGAAGAUCUACACCGCCACUGUUCUUGACGAGCAUGAAGUCCAUCUGUCAGACAAAACACUGUCUGUUCUCGAGUAUCCUCUACACGAGCAGAUUGCCAUCUUCUCCCCAAAGAUCCUCACUUCUGGGGAAAAAUAUUUCUUGUAUCUGGAGUUUGGCGCACCGCUGAGUGAUGGCUUCUAUGGCUUUUAUAAGAGCACAUACAGGACCAAAUCAGGAGAGACAAGAGUCUUGGCAUCCACCCACUUUGAACCUACAUCUGCCCGGAUGGCGCUGCCUUGUUUUGAUGAGCCCGUUUUCAAAGCUAAUUACACUGUCAGAAUAAGAAGAGGCCCAUCACAUAUUGCUUUAUCGAACAUGCCUUUAGAACAAACUGUAGAAAUCAGCAACGGUCUGUUUGAAGACCACUUUGAAGCGAGUGUGAAAAUGAGUUCAUACCUGUUGGCUUUCAUCGUCUGCGACUUUAUGUCUGUUAGUGGAUUAACUGCUACCGGAAUUAAUAUUUCUAUUUACGCAGUUCCAGAGAAAUGGCACCAGACACACUAUGCUCUGGAGGCUGCUUUGAGGCUUUUGGAGUUUUAUGAACAAUAUUUCAACAUACUUUAUCCACUGCCAAAACUGGAUUUGAUAGCUAUCCCAGAUUUCCAGUCAGGCGCGAUGGAGAACUGGGGUUUGACAACUUACAGAGAGACGUCACUCCUGUAUGAUCCUGACAUCUCAUCAGCCUCCGAUAAGCUCUGGGUUACAAUGGUGAUAGGACAUGAACUGGCACAUCAGUGGUUCGGGAACCUGGUGACGAUGGAUUGGUGGAAUGACAUAUGGCUGAAUGAAGGCUUUGCCCGCUAUAUGGAAUCUGUGUCCGUGGAGGCAGUUUAUCCAGAGCUUAAAGUUGAGGACCACUUUCUGGACACCUGCUUUGGAGCUAUUGGGCGGGAUUCUCUAAAUUCAUCCAGGCCAAUUUCCAGUUUAGCUGAAAAUCCAACUCAGAUCAAGGAAAUGUUUGAUACUGUGUCAUAUGAAAAGGGAGCGUGUAUUCUCCAUAUGCUGAGGCAUUUCCUGACAGAUGAAGGCUUUCAGAGUGGAAUAAUUCGAUACCUUCGGAGGUUCAGCUACAGCAAUGCCAGAAAUGAAGAUCUGUGGGACAGCCUUAUUAAAACCUGUUCUGAGGAGGAUUUUACAGCAGGAGAAUAUUGUUACAGCAGUACUCAAGCCACUAAAAAUGCGUAUCGUUUUGCUGGGGAGCAUGUUGACCUAAAGAAAAUGAUGAACACAUGGACUCUACAAAAGGGCAUACCGCUAAUCACGGUAAAGCGGCAGGGGAGAAAACUUCACAUCGGACAAGAGCGUUUCUUGAAGAUAGUGCUGCCUGAUGAUCCCUCAUGGCAUUCACUUCAGCAGGGCUACCUGUGGCACAUCCCUUUGACAUAUAAAACAAGCCACUCUGACCAUGAAGUCAAGCACAUACUGGACAAAAAAUCAGAUGUGUUGCUGCUGGAUAAACACGUUGACUGGGUGAAGCUCAACACUGACAUGAAUGGAUAUUACAUUGUUCAUUAUGAUGAGGAGGGCUGGAAUGCACUGACGGAGCUUCUGAAAGUGAACCACACCGCUCUGAGCUUCAAGGACAGAGCCAGUCUCAUUCAUAAUGCCUUCCAGCUCGUCACUGCAGGACGACUGUCUCUAGACAAAGCUUUAGAUCUGAUUGCCUACCUGAAGUCUGAGACCCACAAUGUUCCUCUACUGCAAGGCCUUGGCUAUCUGCAAUCAUUCUACAAACUCAUUGAGAAGAGAAAAAUAGCUGACGUAACUCUUAAUCUGAAGAUGUACAUCUUGCAGUAUUUCAAAGACGUGAUUGACAAGCAGUCGUGGAGCGAUGACGGUAUGGUGUCAGACCGGAGACUGCGUGAAGAAGUUCUUUCUCUCGCUUGUGAUUUUGAUUAUACACCCUGUCUGGAAAAGGCUGAACGACUCUUUGUUAGUUGGGUGAAAUCCAAUGGUACAAUCAGCCUACCUACUGAUGUGUCUGAGACAGUUUACAUGGUCGGAGCUCAGGAUGACAGCGGUUGGGUCUACCUUCUCAAACAGUAUGGCGUCUCCAUGUGUGAGACAGAGAAGAGCAAAUUUCUUUCAGCUUUAACAAGCAGCAAGGAUACCGAAAAACUGUCAAGAUUAUUGCAGCUUGGAAUGGAAGGAACAGUUAUAAAAACACAGAAUUUACCCAGUCUUAUAUACAUGGUGGCCAGAAAUCCAGUGGGUCACUUUCUAGCUUGGGAUUUUGUAAAGAAGCACUGGAAUGAACUUGUAGAAAAGUUUCCACUGGGAUCUUUUGGAAUCAGAGAAAUAAUUGUUGGCACUGUUACUCAGUUUUCAUCCGCAGAGGAGCUGAGAGAGGUUGAGAGUUUCUUCAAGUCAAUCCAAGAGCAGGUAUCUCAGCUGCGUGUCAUACAGGUGGCCACAGAAAAUGUGGAGAAGAACAUUGUGUGGCUGAAAAGAAAUCUAGAGACUAUGAGGACUUGGUUGCAGGGAAGACUCAACUAAAAUAUUCAAAUAAGACCAACAUAAACUCCACAAAACUUUUCAAGUUUUCUAUUGUUUUGCAUUUUUUUAGAUUGUGUUUUAAUUGUACUGGGUAGCGGCUGGUAUAAUGCAUGAUGUGUUUGCUUUUUUGGGGGGUUAACUUGAAUAAUGAGUUUCAGCAACAGCUAUGCAGUUUCAAAAUUUACAGGGUUUUGCAUUUGGUUUUUUCUUUGCCUCUAUUUUUGCCACAUUCAGAGCUAAUGUUAAAAGCAGACUGUUUAUUAAUUACUGCAAUCUCAAAAUCAUAAUCAUACUUUAUGAUUAUGAAAUCAUACUUGAAGACUCUAAAUAUUAUUGCACUGAAUAAUGUUUGGAAUAAAAUAAUAAAAAAAUGUUUUAUAUAACAGAUGGAAACGAAAAAGUGUUAUGAAAUUUUAACAAAUUUGUUAAUUUUUUUUAUUUGCAUAUAGACAUACACUAGAGAUUUUUCACUUAGUCUUUGCUAUAGGCUUGUUAUUAUCAAAAUUGCUUCCAUAAACUGCAAACAGUAAUGUAUUAGCAAGAGUAAUUUGAUUUGGAAUUACUUAAUAGUUAUAAUUGCAUUAUUUGACUUUAUUUUGUAAAAGUCCUCAGUUUAUGCUGUACUUCAUAGUGUCCUUUUUGGUCUUAUUUGGCCAUUCAAGUUAUAGGCCAAGUCGUUGUGCUAGAUGGGCACACCACUGCCAAGUACUGCAGAACCAUUCUGGAGGAGCAUGUGCACCCAAUGGUUUAAACAUUGUAUCCUGAAGGCAGUGCCAUGUAUCAGGAUGAUGCACCAAUACACACAGCAAGACUGUUGACCACCAGCAUCAUGUAGUGACCUAGCCACUAUUCUGCAAGAAGAAUGACCCAAACUCCCUCUGACCACUCUGAAGGACUUGUCAUUCACACUUGAUGCUUUAUUGGCCGCAAAAGGAGGCCCUACACCAUACUAAUAAAUUAUUAUACUCUAAAACCAGGCAUUCAGUUUUGUUAUCCAACCAAAGUAGUUCUAUCCUCCUGAGACCCGAAGAAUUUUUCUUUCUUAUUCUCUUUUAUAUUUGUGAAUUCCUACAUCCUCUGGGUAAAACAAUUCUACAAUUUAGAGUUUUUACAUUUUUUUUUUUUAUUUUAUUUUACAGCAUGUCCACUGUAGUGACAGGACCAUUUUAGUUCAAAACAACCGCCACUCAGACCACAAAACUGUACAGGAUAUGGCUGUAAAGGGAUAAUAAUCCAAUAUAAAUGUAACACAAACAAAACAAAAGCCAUUUAUUUCUUAUGUAAUGAAAUUCCUGAAACAGUUUAGUCUGAAAGAGAGCCGAAC